CCACAGACUUAGAAGAAAAGAGAAUGGGUUAGCAAGGCAAAGCAAGCUGACAGAGACACAGAUGCAGAGACUAUACCACGUUAAUUUUUAUAUAUUAGCUUCUCAAGGGUCAUGUGUUACUCCAUAAAGCGACUCCUCUCCGUCUAUAUGUCAUUGCUGUUACUCAGUCAUGAAGUCUUCCAGGCAGAGGAAAUUACAGGAACAGUCGGUCAGGAGGUCAGACUUAAUUUUACCAGGCAGAUCAUGCCCACCGUGGUGAAGACAGUUAGCCUGUACAAAGACGGCAAGAAGAUCGGAGAGUGCUCUCAUGCACACACUAACUGCAUUUUCACACGUGGUUUAUUGACAAACAAUUCCCAAGGAGCAAUUGUGAGCAUCUCGAAUCUGACUAUGGCAGAUUCUGGGAAUUACUCUGUCACUUUCUUCUACAACUCGCCAUUUUUUCAUGAGAGCAAUUCAGUGUCUCUCGUUGUCCAUUUCCAAGAGCUUACGACAGAUUCUUCUCCACCAUACAGAAGUAACGGAAAUGAGUUCCAGGAGGCCACUUCAGAAUCCUUCUUGUAUGUGUAUAUCAUCAUUGCUCUAUGCCUCAUCUCCGUCAUGAUGCCAUCCGUGCUGCUGAGCUUUUUCUAUCAGACCCCCAAGAGGAGCUCAGACCACCACCAAAGACCUUCUUCCAGCAAUGAGUUUCAGGUCCCAAGUGAGGCGGCCGUGUCUGUGUGCCCAAUGGAGUAUGUGACUCUGGAUUUUCCCAGCAGCCUGAAUGUGGAUGAAAAGGCUAAGUGGAAGCGAAAGGCAGUGAUGCUCCAGGACACGGUGGAGUACGCCACCAUCAUCGUCCCUCAGGGAUAGAAGUGCAUGCUGCUCACAGAGGAGAUACUCUGCCAGGAGGACGUUGGUCUCCUUAAAGUGCUGUCAUCUUGAACCGCUUCACAUGCUACUGUAUAUGAUGUGUUCUUAUCGUCUCGGUGCUGUAGGAUCUAAAUUAACUAACCCAGGGACAUAUAUCACUAUUGAUUAGGUACUGACAGACUACUUGAAGUAUGUAAUCGAGUUGUCUUACGGUACAAAAGCUUUGUAAUGCAAAGCAAUACUUGGGAGACAAAUGACAUGUGGUAAGACAGGGGUGGCCAGUGUUAUCUGCAAAGGGUCACUGUGUGUGCAGGAUUUUGGGGAAACCUUUAGGUCAGCCGUUCAAGCCCAGGUGUGAGGACUCUUCAGCCAGUCGGUCCUCUAAUUAGUAAUCUAAUUAGGGAGUUGCAGCGAAAACCCACACACACAGCAGCCCACCCCUGUGCUAAACGCAUACUUAGGUGAUUACAGAUAUCAUACGUAUUUUAUCUUGAAAUAAGGUGCUACUGUCUUGUAUAUAAACUUCAUGUAACACUAUUUGCAAAAAUGACAAACAGUAAAUGAUUUGUAUAAAAAAAAUUACUGAUUUAUUUUUAAUCCGCAAGAUGGAUAAAUAACAAUCCAUCAGUUGUUAUCUGUUAAUGUCCGUGCUAAUGUUGAAAUCUAAU